AUGCGGCGGUACGGCUGGCUGGCGUUCUGGAUACAGCUGACGCUGUCCAUCGUUUCCGGCGUCAUCCUGCUGUUCAGCGUGGCGUUCACAUCCCAGAGCGGCCCCAAGGCGUCGCUGUACUUGACCCUCAUUGGGAUCCUGGCAGGCUUCCUAUCCACUUUUUGGGCAUUUGGAUACCAGCGUGUCAGCAUGAGAAUGCAGGAGUACCUGGACGGCGCUGACGUGGCGAAGAUCAAGAAGCAGACGGUCAUCGAGAACAUCACCAAGGGUGUCCUCAUCAAUGUCGUCGGCAUGGGCUCCACCCUCCUCGGCAUCUCCACCCUCGUCGGCGUGCUCGUCGCCAAGACGCUCUCCAACGCCAGCGUCAACCCCUUCAUGGCGUCAGCGGCCGGCACCUACAACCCCGUGCUGGCGCUGGACGUGUUCCUGGUGCAGGCGGCGACCAACACGCUGCUGGGCCACUUCCUGAGCCUGCUGUGCAGCUUGUGGCUGCUCAACGUGAUCGGCGAGGGCCGGGGCCUCAACCUGCAGCGCCAGCAGCACAUCCAGAAGUUGAAGGCGGAGGAGGAGGGCGUGACGGGGGUCAGCAUGUCUGGAAGCCUCUACCGCAUCGGCGGCGGCGGCGGCGGCGGCGGCGGCGGCGGUGGCGGCGGCGCGUUAAAUGGCGGGUACGCUCGGCGGUAG